GACUGAAACCAAACAGCUAGUAAGUCGUAACUUCUCUCUCUGCUUUCUCUCCAAAUUUUCUCUCUUCACAGAUCCUUCCAUAUCCCACAUCCUUGGAUUCCUUCGCAAAUGAUGAGCCGUGGUGUUAUUACCUGCCGAGUCGCCGUCGCGGCCGGUUCACGUUUCUUCUCCACCACUGGUACAACCGCUCGUGCUCUGGCCAGCAAGGCGGCGCUGAGUAAUGCAGCCAUGGGUUUUAGUGAUCCGGUUGGGGCUAGUAGAGCUAAUCUCGGCUACUGGCUUAGGGUUCCAUUGGUCCGCAGCGGAAGUGUCCGGAAUUCGAGCACUAUAUCAGUGGAACAGAAAGAGAAGCAGUAUGUGUCAGCGGCUGCUUCAAGCGAAAGCAGUGUGGGUGGCGACAAUGACGGGAAGGGGGUGGUGAGCUAUUGGGGUAUUGAACCGGCGAAGAUCACGAAAGCGGACGGUACAGAAUGGAGGUGGAAUUCCUUUAGGCCGUGGGAGACGUACCAAGCGAACGUGUCGAUUGAUCUGAAGAAGCACCAUACGCCGGCGACAUAUUUGGACAAGAUGGCUUAUUGGACUGUAAAGGUUCUCCGAUGGCCCACUGAUAUAUUCUUCCAGAAACGGUAUGGAUGCCGAGCAAUGAUGCUGGAGACAGUGGCGGCUGUACCGGGCAUGGUAGCAGGGAUGAUACUGCACUUAAAGUCGCUGAGACGAUUCGAACACAGUGGGGGCUGGAUCAAGGCGCUGUUAGAAGAAGCAGAGAACGAGCGCAUGCACUUGAUGACAUUCAUGGAGGUGUCAAAGCCCAGGUGGUACGAGCGAGCCCUGGUCAUAGCCGUCCAGGGUGUGUUCCUCAACGCUUACUUCUUGGGUUAUUUUUUGUCCCCUAAAUUCGCACACCGCAUGGUGGGGUACCUUGAAGAGGAGGCCAUUCACUCCUACACUGAGUUCCUCAAGGAAUUGGACAAGGGCACCAUUGAGAAUGUUCCCGCCCCGGCCAUUGCCAUCGACUAUUGGCAGCUUCCUCCUGGCUCCACUUUGAGAGAUGUCGUCGUGGUAGUCAGAGCUGAUGAAGCCCACCACCGUGAUGUCAACCACUUUGCAUCUGACAUACAUUAUCAAGGGCGUCAGCUGAGGGAGGCUGCAGCUCCUAUUGAUUAUCACUAGAACCUCAGAUAUUGGCCGUCGGAGCAGGAGUUGUUCUUUUAAUUGUGAAGUUGUUUUUUGGGCAUAUGAAUAAAUAUUGCUGCCGGUUGCAAUAUGGUUGUAGUCUGAUCGCGUAGACUGGCAACUUUAAUGUAAGAAGUGUGCACCCAUCAUGUUAACAAUCGUUCACAUUUGGGGUUGUGCUGUAAGAAGACUGCGUGAUGAAUCAUACUUUAUAAGUUUUGUCCUAA